AUGGCGUCAGGAUUCGGCUGGGGCGGAGGCCGUUCGCGGUGCUUUACUUAUUGGCAAGAGAUCCAGAAAUGUUACGCCGUGGCGGACCAUCCCGCCGAGUGCAAAGCGCAAGGCGCGGAUUACCUAGAAUGCCUGGAUAACCGCAAAGAGAUCAAACGCGCACAAACAAUCGCCGCCGAACACGCCCGCCAACUGCAACACCGCGCACACGAGUCGCACAAGGCAUCAUCCAUCGCCUCGAGCGGCGCUAUUGCCUCUGUCGGUAUUAUCCAGCGCGAUGGCAGCGGUGGUGGUGGGGAGGGGAAGGAGGAGACAGGGACGGACGGGGAAGGGAACGAGAACGGGACGGAGUCCCUCACUCUGAGAUAUCCAAACACGUUUUCAAACGGAAUUGUGAAUGCGAAAUGCGAAAUGUGA